AUGUCGCUGAUCCCUGGACAGGAUCGUUAUCGCCCCAAAGAAGAUGAGAUGUGGUCCAUUUUACGAUUGUUGCCCUCUGGGUCGUCAACAUUGGAGCAAAUCAUGCAAAUUGGUUCUGCUGCUGUUAUUGUCUUCAAAAGCACUUUUUAUGUUAUGGACCUGCAAUGCUCUAUGGUUGGGCAGCAGUCUGUUUACUCUGUUUGUGUUGCUCUUCAGCAGUACAUGGCGUCUCCCAGUGCAGGUGCCGUCAGGGAAGCUCUGAGCUCUGCCGUUCGCACAUAUGAAGCAGGUUUCUCUCGCUGGAUACCAGGGUCGGCCAAACGCUCUAAGAAGAAGGCAGAGUUAAUCGACACAAUCACUGAAAUUGUUGUACAGCACCACCUGCAUAUGUGA